GACAGAUUGCGGUUGCUACGUUAUGUGAAGCCUGCUAACGCAAAGAAACCCUGAAAGCCUAUACCACGCAGGGAACGACCACGACACUAGAAGCAAUGGGAAUCCACAGACUUGCAGAAUACAUGAAGUCUUUGUUUAUGGUGCUGAUGGCGAUAAUGACUUUCCUGGGCAUCAUUUGGAUGAGGAAAGACACACAAUCAAAAAGAUUGUUCCCUGUUCCUGCCUCACAUCACAACAGCACUAAAUCUGAUGACCUGCACAUCCCUCUCACCCCUCUCACCACUCUCACGACCAAGCCUGUGGCUGAUAUUGGUAUGGCCCCACAUAAGGUGCACCAGAUCCUAGAUUUGCUCCACUGGCCUGGUCCAGACAAACAAAUUGAAGAUUUCCUCCAAAGCACCACUCCAUCCAACACAUAUUUCUACAUUCCCGGGCUGGGGAAGAGCUACAAGGUAGGGGAGGAGCUACGUGUCACUGUGGUGGCGAGGGAUUUCCACCAGAAGCCUAAGCAAUAUGGAGGUGACUACUUCCAGGCCAAACUUUUCUCAUCCAAACUGAAGGCGAGUGUGUUUGGGGAGGUUACAGAUCUGGAGAAUGGGUCCUACUCAGUGCGCUUUCUCCUGCCCUGGUCUGGGGAGGCUUGGGUAGCUGUACGCCUGAUCCACUCUAGCGAGGCUGUGCAGGUCCUGAAACAGCUCCGGAAGUAUCAGUCGGACCGCGUCUAUUUCAAGGGCCUGUUCAUGGGAACAGGUCUCAAUGGGGAAAAGCUUAAAGAGACGAUGGAGUGCAAUUCAAAGUGGGAUGGGGCUGGUCUGGAACGUAUGCAGAAGAGUAACUGUUGUGAGUAUCCAGACCCAAAAACAGGAGAGGUGUGGCUGUGCAAGAGGCCCAAAUAUCUGCCCUGUGAUACCCUGGUCUACCAUGUGGUUGGGGGCUACAGGGCGAAGCUUGGGACUCUGCAAAACAAACUCCUGGGCAGCAAAUUUACCAAUCAAUGGAUUAAAGGGAAGAACAACACAAUUACAAUUAAUCCCUCCAAUACAACUGUUGGUGCAACAGAGAGAUGCAGACCUGGGCUGCAAAUCCCAGUCCCAGCUGGGUUCUACAUGAGGAACGUGUGGACCUCUCUGGUCUGCACCACCGGCCAUUUUAAUGCUCCCAAAAUAACCCAGUGCCUCAAGGACAGAGAGCUCUUCAUGAUGGGAGACUCCACCAUGAGGCAGUGGUACCAUUAUCUGGGAAGUUCUGUGCCCAGCAUGAAAUACAUCAACCUUCACUCCGCUGAACAGACAGGUCCUCUCUUGGCGAUGGAUGUGGAAAAUAACAUAGUCUUGCAUUGGAGGGCCCAUGGCACACCACUGCGCUCUAAAGCGGCCCCAUUUGUUGACUUGCACUAUAUCAGCAAUGAGAUUGACAGUAUAGCAGGCGGGUCCCGCAAGGUCAUCAUCUUCAACAUUUGGGCGCACUUCACAACUCACCCGCUUGAGUAUUACAUCCGUCGAGUGGCAAGGAUUCGGCAAGCUGUUAUUGCACUGCUGAAGCGGGCACCAGACACAAUUGUCGUAAUUAAGUCUGCCAACACCACAAAACUCAAGAAUGUGUACAGCUCUGACUGGUUUUCAAUACAGUUGGACAUAGUAUUGAGAACCGCCUUCCAGGGGAUUCAUGUAGCAUUCAUAGACGUCUGGCAAAUGACAUCCUGCCACUACAGUAAAGAAAGUAUCCAUCCCAACCCAACUGUCAUUGGGAAUGAGAUCAACCUAUUGUUGUCAUUCGUCUGUCCUGUCUGAAUGACCAUUUAUCUUCUUACCCACUUGUUCUGUCUCACAGUAUUGUAUACUAUUCAACACAAAAAUAAGUUUUCAAGAACAGAUAAUAAUUGGCAAAGCCGAAACAAUAUCACUGUCACAUUCAAGAGAGAAUAUUUGAUUGAAUCCUCAGCAGCCUGCCCAGUGGUACAUGUUGUUUGAAGUAGACCACCAUAGUUACAGUACUCAUAGCAGGUAUUAAUGCAUUGUAUGUUGGAAGCCUUGUCAGUGCAUAGGUCAAGGUAAUGUUCUUGGUGCUUCUGUGAAUUUCCUGUCUUUCCUCUCCUGGGUGUGUUGAAUGGGUGAAUGAGAAGCAUCAAUUCUACAGCACUUUGGACAAAGGCGCUAUAUACAUGCCAACCAUUUACCAUUAAAAGCAUCCACACAAACACACACACACACACACACACACACAGUAGGCUACACAACAACACACAUUCGCAGAAUCAAAUUAUUUCUCUCAUGAGAAUUUUUAAUUCUCUCUCACCCUUUAUCUUAACUCUAUCUUAUCCUUUAAAAACACUCUCAACAACAUACAGAUCUACCCUUCACAAAUGCACACUCACAUAUACACAAACACACAUAAACAAUAAAGGACAAACAAUAUAGACAUGGUGUGUUAUGGUCAGCUGCACACGAACAGGCAAUACAAUAAAACGCUGUUGCAUUACUUUGUAAUCCAUGGACCAACAGAACAUUUGAAAAUGAAAGCACGUUCAUUUGAUAUGAAAAACAUUUUAUUGUCAUUGUAGGUCGUAAAACAAAAUUAUGUGUGGCACCUCUCAGUAAGAGCAUAAUAAUAAAUUAUUAUUGAAUUAUAAUCAUCAAUUAUUAAAGGCUGGAAAGGCAUCAUAGCAGCCAAUACAAGUUGGUCUAUGGUCUGAUAGUAACCUAGCCUUGUCUGUUUGUCUGUCUGUCUAUCUAUCUCUCUAUGUUUCGCAAUAUACACUCGCAGAUCACGUUAUUAGGAACAUAUUACAUUUUACUUUAUUACACCUACUUAUUAAUGUGAUUAUCUACUCAGCCAAUUGUGUGGCAGCAGUGCAAUGCAUAUAAUCAUGUACAUAUGGGGCUUCAGUUAAUGUUCAACCAUCAGAAUGGGGUAAAAAUGUAAUCUAAG